UGCAGGUGUGCAGGGCCAAUCUAUGUCUAUAUAUAUUCAUACAAAUGUGGAGGGGUGAUAAGAUUAGGUGGUUUGGUUUUUUGGGGGUGGGUGGUCUUGGUUGAAGCCCAACGUUUGGUCACUUGUGGGUAUGGCCAGCUGCUCCCUUCUUUUCAGACUCCCUUUUCUGCUUCUAACGCUUUCACUAUCAGAUUCAAUUAUCCAAAUCCUUGGCCUUGGCGUUGGAAUCAACUAUGGUCAGAUUGCAAACAACCUGCCAUCACCAUCUCGUGUUGCUUCCCUCCUUGAAUCCGUAAACAUCAGCAGAGUGAAACUCUACGAUGCCGAUCCGAAUGUGCUAUUGGCCUUCUCCAAUUCCAAUGUUGAGUUCAUCAUUGGACUAGGAAAUGAGUAUCUUGGUGACAUGAGAGACCCCAUCAAAGCUCAGAAUUGGAUUCAACAGCAUGUUCAACCCUACCUUCCACAAACCAGAAUCACAAGCAUACUUGUUGCGAAUGAGAUCUUCAAGAGCAAUGACUCUCAAUUGAUGGCAAAUCUUCUCCCAGCUAUGCAGACAGUGCACAACACUCUUGUUAAUCUUGGAUUAGAUAAACAAGUUACUGUCACAACUGCACAUUCUCUUGAUAUUUUAGGUGACUCCUAUCCUCCUUCAGCUGGGGCGUUUAGGCAAGACCUUGCUAUCUACAUCCAACCCCUUCUCGAUUUCCAUUCGCAGAUCGAUGCACCCUUUUUGAUAAAUGCAUACCCCUAUUUUGCAUACAAGGAUAACUCAACUCAAGUUUCAUUGGAUUACGUCCUUUUCCGGCCUAACCAAGGCAUGACUGAUCAGGUUACAAAUUUGCAUUAUGACAAUAUGUUGUAUGCUCAAAUUGAUGCUGUUUAUACGGCUAUUAAGGCGAUGGGCCACACCGAUAUUGAGGUGAGGAUUUCGGAGACUGGUUGGCCAUCUAAAGGGGAUGAGAAUGAGCCAGGGGCUACGCCAGAAAACGCAGGCUUGUAUAAUGGUAAUUUGAUGCAGAGAAUGCAGCAGAAGCAAGGUACUCCGGCUAAACCUUCGGUUCCAGUAGACAUACACGUUUUUGCACUUUUUAAUGAGAAUUUGAAGCCUGGACCGACAUCGGAGAGGAAUUAUGGACUGUUCUAUCCUGAUGGCACUCCAGUUUAUAACAUUGGGAUACAGGGCAGUCUCCCGGAUAUAGUGUUUUCAGCAGCCAAGAAAACUGAUAUGUCUGUCUUCAGCUGUUUGAUCAUUGUUAUAGCAUACUUAAUUUGUGCUUGAGGGAUUGGGAAUUCAUCAAUGGAGGAAGUUAGAGGUCAACAGGAACAAGCAAGGGAUCAUAGACUUUGUAAAUGCAAGUUGUUGUUGUUUUAGGUGAGAUAUGUAUACACAAUUCUUUUUACUGCCUUGCCAAUAAAUUAAUACGUAAGAGUUAUACUUUCUAUCUAUGACUCCAGAACUUGGUGAUCGCAUUCUUGAACUCCAUUUGUUGCCCUUCACCAAACAAUAUGAAUAUGAGAAACAAAUAUCAUCUA